UUUGGGGUUAGGGGAUUUGAGAGGGUUGGCGAUUCUUACGGUUGCUUCUAUGACCGAAUUUAGCGGUAACCCGGUCGUGUAAUGUAAAGCUAUAUGUAAGCUCACACACACAUGACACACCCUCUCCUUCCCUCCCUUCUCUUCUCUUUUUUCAUUCUCACAAACUAUUUCUUCUUCCUCAUUUCGCUGAUCCUUCCUCACCUUUCCCUUCCUCCCCAUUCUCUCUCUGUUUCUAACUGGCAUUGGAAUGGUUGGGAACAUUAAUCAUAGAAGGUGAGAUUGAGAAGUUCUUAGUAUAUGGUGCAGAAUGGGAAGGGUAAAAUUAAAGAUAAAAAAGUUGGAGAAUACAAAUGGGCGUCAAGCCACCUAUGCCAAGAGGAAGCAUGGAAUUAUGAAAAAGGCUAAUGAGUUAUCUAUACUUUGUGAUAUAGAUAUUAUCCUUCUCAUGUUCUCACCAACUGGCAAGCCUUCUUUGUGUAGUGGAAAACGCAGCAGUAUUGAAGAGGUUAUUGCAAAAUUUGCUCAACUCACCCCACAAGAAAGGGCGAAAAGGAAGUUGGAAAGUCUUGAAGCACUGAAAAAAACUUUUAAGAAGCUGGACCAUGAUGUAAAUAUUCAAGAAUUUUUGGGAACAAGUUCUCAAACCAUUGAGGAAUUAUCUAACCAAGCUACGUUGUUUCAGACUCAACUUUCUGAAAUACAUAAGAGGCUCAGCUAUUGGACAAACCCUGAUAAGAUUGAUAGUGUAGAACACCUGGGGCAAAUGGAAAAUUCUCUAAGAGAGUCACUUAACCAAAUUCGUAGUCACAAGGAAAAUUUACAGAAGCAGCAAUUCAUGUCAUUAGAUUGCACUAGUCAGUUCCAAAAUGGGUUACAUAUACCCUUCAGAGUGGGUGCUGACCAACAGCUCCAGCCUUUGUCAUGGAUGCCAAAUAAUGAUACUCAAAAUAUUGUUUUACCUGAUGACCCAAAUUUGCUUUCCCAUAGGGAUAUGGAGUGCUCUACAAGUUCCUCAUUUGGUAGUUACUCUGGUUACUUUGGCAUGGGUAGAAACCCAGAGAUUUCGAAUUCUGGACAAGAAAAUGGCAUGGUUACCGAUUUAAGCAGAACCACACCUAUGAGGCUGCAACUGAAUGGUGGUCAAUUUCCUUAUGCGCCGUACAAUCUGAAUGUUCUAAGUGAUCAAAAAUUUCAACCUCAAACAGAGAUGAAUCCACAGGAAAACACGGUGGAUUAUCAAGUCAAUGGAAAUUUUGAAGUUCCUAGACAUGGAUAUGAGACAAACCAUCAAAAUAGUUGGGCUUCUACAGCUGGGCCUUACGCUGUUUCUAUGUUAGAUGAAACGUUAUACCCUCAGCACCCAAACUAAACCAAUGAAUGGGAUUUCACUCAUUCAGUGUUAAAAGUUGCUGGAGAAAAUGGAUGAUUUGCUUGGACAUUAUUAUACAUAUACCAUCAGGAUUUUUGUAGUUUGUCAUACUUACUAGCUAUGUAAAAUAGAAAGCAACCAGUGAGUGAUGUACACUACGGGAAAAACCUAUCACAUUGUGAAUCCUAAUCUCCGGCCGGCGUAUCAGAAGGAACACUGUCAACUCCAUUGAAUGAGGCACCAGUUUGUCAUAGCAAUUUUUAUAUCAGUAUGUUUUAGGGUGUCAAGAUUGGUCAUGGCAACCAUGAAUGAAGCUGCUGCAUACCCUUGCUCCCCCUCUCAGUACCUUGAGCUGUAUAUAUAUUAAAAAAACACAAAAAAAAAAAACAAAAAAAAAACACCAAAAAAAGAGUACAUAUAGCAAAUACAGGAAUCAAUAUCACAUAUAUGUGUUGAGACUUUUGCCCACCAUUUUAUGUAUGGCCAUUCAAUACCGUAGAAACAUUGGAUAAAUACAACCCUUCUUUUAUUCUUUUUA